AUGCGUGGAUUUCUGGUAUUGUGUUUGGUUGCAUUGGCCUCUGCCUCUCAGCAAGGAUAUAAUUAUCCUAGUCAGACCAAUGCUGCCAGUGGUGGUCUCUAUGGUGCCCAACCUUUGAUUACAAAACGUUUCUUUAUUCACUCAGCACCUGAGGAGGAAGGUGUCGAAGUUCAACAUCAUGAUAUUGCUGUCGGAACACCACGCAAAAAUUACAAUGUAGUUUUCGUUAAGGCUCCAGCUGGAAAACAACAAAAGAUCAAGGUCCGCGUCACACCAGCUGUUAAUGAAGAAAAGACUGCCGUCUAUGUGCUGUCCAAGAAAAAUGAUGCUCCCAUUGUGGAAACAUUCGUCCAAGAACCAUCAACUACUACCAGCAAACCUGAAGUUGCUUUCAUCCAAUAUCGUACCAACGAAGAAGCUGAGCAUGCUCAACAUCACAUCCAAGCUGAAUACGAUCGUUUGGGCGGAACCACCAGUGUAUCGGAUGAAGGUAUUUCCCAAGUCAAAUCGGUUAUUGGCAUUUUGGAUAGCCUCCAGCAAGGUAGUGCUUCUUCAGCUUAUCUACCACCUACAAGAAAACAUUAG